AUGGGGUUCUUCGGCAAGGCUGAAAUGCCCGAAGAUGUCAUUCAGAUGGCUCCUGAUGAAGACAUUGAAAAAGUCACUGUACCGGCCCAUGUGGAACAACCCCCUACUACAACAGUCGAUGCCCCAGCUAUCGAUCCGGAACUUGAGCGUCGAGUGGUGAGGAAAUUGGACUUGCGACUCCCGACUCUCAUGGGAUUUUUCUAUCUUCUCGCAUUCCUUGAUCGAAGCAAUAUCGGCAAUGCCAAAAUCGCCGGGAUGGAGGAGGACCUCGGUCUAACGGGAAAGAGAUACGCAUGGCUCUUGACAAUCUUCUACAUCUCAUACACAGUCUUUGAAUUUCAAGCUCUGAUGUGGAAGAUCGUCAAGCCACACCAAUGGGCAGCAUUUGUCGUGUUCUCCUGGGGUUUGGUCGCAACAUGUCAGGCAGCGGUAAAGAACUGGCAAGGCAUGAUGGCGCUCCGAUUCCUCAUGGGCGCCUUUGAGGCCGGCUUUGGCCCCGGUGUCCCAUACCUCCUGUCAUUCUUCUAUCGGCGCCAUGAGCUAGGUCUGCGAUGCGGUAUGUUCUUGUCAGCGGCUCCGCUGGCGAAUACAUUCGCGGGUGCUUUGGCCUAUGGUAUCACAUCGGGCCAUGCCUCGCUGGCUAACUGGCGCUUGUUGUUCUUGGUGGAGGGUGCCCCGACCUGUGCGGCGGCGAUUUUGGCUUGGUUUUUUGUACCGGAUAGUACACUAGAUGCCAAGUUCCUUACGGAUGAAGAGAAGGUUGUGGCUCGUGCUCGUUCGCUGCAGCAGUCUGGUCAACCCGAUCGCGAAGGUAAAGUUCAAUGGAAGGAAUUAGCUGAAACGUUACUUGAUCUGAAAGCAUGGCUUACAGCGUUGAUGUACUUCAGCUGCAAUGUCAGCUUCUCCUCCCUGCCUGUAUUUUUGCCAACUAUCCUGAGGGAAAUGGGCUUCACGGCGAUCAAUGCUCAAGGCCUCACUGCGCCUCCAUUCUUUGCAUCUUUUCUGGUGACUAUUGCGACGACUUGGAUAGCGGAUCGUCUUCAACAACGUGGACUUAUGAUCGCUGUGUUAUCACUGGUCGGCGGCGUGGGGUAUAUUCUCUGCGCUACGUGCACAUCAGUGGGUGUCCGAUAUUUCGGUGUUUUCCUGGCCGCCUGUGGGAUCUUCCCUUCGAUUGCCAAUAUCUUGCCUUGGGUUCUGAACAACCAAGGCUCCGAUACUCGCCGCGGAGGAGGUAUCAUUUUGCUUAAUGUGAUCGGACAAUGCGGUCCCUUCUUGGGAACCAAUAUCUUCCCCGAUGAGGAAGCGCCGCGAUUUAUCAAGGGCAUGGCUAUCUGCGCGGCGUUCAUGUUCUUCACCACAUUGCUAGCUUUGUGUCUGCGUGUCCUUCUUGUAUGGGAGAACAAACGCCUUGACAAGAAGUACGGGCCCCGCAUAGAGGCAUCGGUGAAAACGCUGGACGUCGCGGAAGACAAUUACGGUGCUAAUUACCGUUACGUAUUGUGA